AUGGGUAUCUGGGACGCUUUCACAGACCUCGUCGAGGCGGUCACGCCCUGGAGCACCGUCGAGGCCGAGGCGCCCGCGGCUGAGGAGAAGACCGAGGAGACCACCGAGGAGACCAGCACCAAGGACGAGGAGCCCGCGAAGGACGAGGAGGCUUCUGAGGAGCCCGAGGCCGAGGCCGAGUCUGAGGAGGGCGAGGCUGAGGAGGAAGAGGAGGAAGAAGAGGAAGAGGAGGAGGAGGAGGAGCUCGAGGAUCCCAAGACCAAGCUCGAGGAAGAGUGUGUGGAGUCCAAGCAGUGCGCCGGCCCCAAGCACCACUACGACGACUGCGUCGCGCGCGUCACGGCCGCUCAGGACGAGGAGGGCGGUGCCAAGGAGGACUGCGUUGAGGAGUUCUUCCACCUUGCCCACUGCGCUACCGCCUGCGCUGCGCCCAAGCUGUGGUCUAAGCUCAAAUAA